AUGGGAAGUUUAACAGAACUUCGCAAGAGAUUAUCACAAUUACAAUUGAAAUCAUCAAAGAUCACUUUGUGUCAAAGUGAAUGUGUUGAUAUAUUGCUAAAAAUAUCUUCUCUUAGAAAUUUAAAUUUAUUUUCUACGAAUGAUGGGAUGUUUUUACUCACAAAUAAGCAAGUAGAACUAGAAAUUAUUAAAAUACUGGAAAAUGAAGGUGGAAGAGCUGAGUUAUUUUACAUAUCCAAUUGCCUUGAUCUUAACUUCAAUAUCAUUGAGAAAGCAUUGUCUGAAUUAUUAAAAAAAUCGACAUACAAUUAUUAUGUUGAACAGGGAGUUCUAAUGAACACUAUCUAUCUUAAUAAUUUGAUAGAUUCCAUUAAUUGCAAACUUAAAGGAUUGGGGAUUAUCAAAUUGUCUGAUUUAUCUGCCGAGUAUAACUUAUCAACUGCUUUUAUCUGUAAAAUACUUAAUAAUCACAUGUUACACAAAUUAGAAGGGACACUUAAUAAGACGCAUAUUGAGAAUGAUUCAUAUCGCAUUAUAUUGGAAAGAAGUUUAAAAGCCGCUCUAAUUGCUACUUUUGUAAAUGUGUCAAUAUCUCAUUUUGCUCACAUUUCUUGUUGUGAUGAGGAUACUGCCGAAUCAAUUCUACAAGAUAUAAUUUCAAAGAAUAUAAACAUUGGUAUUAUUAGAUCAAAUAAUUUCAUCCCCAAUUCAUACAUCCUGAAUAAACAAAGGGAGAUUAUAAACUAUUUUUCCUCUAAUGGUUAUAUACAUAAGUCAAUAUAUAAUGAGUUUUCCUCAUCGGAUAAUACUGAUGAGUAUAGCAGUAUUAUCUACAAAUCAAUCGCUUUAUGUAACGUUUUUAUCAAAAAAAGUUACCUGCAGCAAGUCAAAUUUUUAGUUGAUGAAGCAAUGACUAAUUGUAUAUGGAGAUUAUUGGACAGCAUUUUACCUAGCACAUUAUCAUUUGAUGAUAUACAGAUGCUAAUUAAACUGGCGACAAAUAUAAAUGUGGACACCGAAUAUCAUAACAAAUCGACAGCUUUACUGUAUCAAGACUACAUUUUUAUCCCCCAAAAGUACCUUACCAAUUUAAUAACAAUUUCAUCACACUAUAUAUUAUAUAUGUUGAAAUGUGAAGAUGAAAAUUAUAUUUGGACUACUAAUUUUGUUAAUUAUGCCAAGGUAUGUUCACAUUUGAUAUAUACACUUAUCGAUACUAAAUCUGUUUCUUCUAUGACAAAAGGUAAAAAGAAGAAGAGGACAAUUGAUUUAUCUCCAGUCCAACCCACUAUUAUUAAUCGUGAAAUACAGCAGUUUAACGUGGAAGAGAUGUUCAAUUCAAUAGUAUCUGCUCCAAAUGAUGUAUUGUCCGCUAUUAUCAUUGAUGAAAUUAAUAUAAAGGAAUACUUCAAUGAUACUGAAUAUUCAUUUUCAAAUCUCUGGAAUAUAAUUUAUGAUCACUCUGAAUUUUCUGCUUUCAUAUUUGAAGAGAUAAUACAUGAUUUCAAUCAAUUAUACCUGGAGAAAUAUGCUAAACCACAAAAGACUGAUCUUACACUUGAUUUAUCCGAACAAAUCGAAUUCCAUUAUAAUACUUUUCACUAUUCAUAUAAGGGAUUGAAAUUUUUGGGUGUAACCGAUUGGAACAACCCUAUAAGCAUUUACAUAUGCAGAAAUAUUCUAAUGAAAGCACUAGAACAACUAAUCGAAAUUUAUCAGCUUAAGUCCAACAUUAAUGUCGGAGACUUGUCGGAUAAAAAAAUGGCACUUGACAAAUUGACAAAGCAUGGACUGGACACUAAAAAUUUAAUUACAUUUUACGAAUCUAUUGUCAGCAGAAAUUUGGAAAGUGUUGUGGGUAUUUGUUACCAGGCUGCUGAGGAUGUAUAUGAAAAUAUACGCAUUCCGAAUAAGAAAAAUGAGAAGGAAUAUUUAGCUAACAAGAUUAAGCACGUCAAAUCGCAAGCUAAAACUGUUUCCGAAGAUGAUCAUCUAUCAAUUUGCCAUCUAUUUGUGACAUAUGUACUUUUGUUGAAUGGGUAUUUCGUUGAGUUUCCUGUCCAUGAUUGGAGUGUUAAAUAUAUGGCAAAUAUGUUGUCAACUUGUAAAAGGUUAAAGUGCUAUAUUGCACAAGAUCCAGUCAAUCACUUUAAUCUCUACGCCGAAUUGAAAGAACGGCAAGAUUCUUUUCCUGAAUAUAAACUGAAAGAAUUAAACCAAUCAUCAGAAUCAUUAUUAUCAUUCAUCAAAGAAUAA